AUGGACGUGCAAGUCAGGGGUCCUGGCGGGCCCGAGAUCGCCGGGUACUGGAAAGGAAACAGAAAAAUCCUCUUCUCGCCGACGAUCGAGCGAAGAAGAGCAAGUGAUGUAGAAGCAAAAGACGAGGAAGAGCGGAGAUGUGCGGGACACGGUGCUUGCCCGACAGGACAAUGUCGAGACUGUAGUGGCUCUGAUGGGGCACGAGUUCUAGCAAUUCUUGCACUUGUGAGUUCGACCAGAGGCAACAAACGCAUGGAGUUCGUGACCCGGGGCUUCAACGCUGCUAUCAAUAUCAGACGCUGUGUGGUGCUGAAGACGAGACACGACGGCCUGACGUAA